AUGGUACCAGCAAUAUUGCUAUCGAAAACAAGAAGUGUUUGUGGUGAUCACGGUAUUAGCGACAAAAGGCUUCGAAGAGUGGUAUCUGACAUUUCAUAUGAAAUUGACAAAUAUGAAACUUUGGAAGCCAUUGCUACGAUUGAUGAAGUCAAGCAAGCAGAAUGUGAAUGUUGUGGACUCAAAGAGGACUGCACGCAAGAUUAUAUCUCGAAAGUUAAGGGGUCUUAUUCGGGUAAUUGGGUCUGUGGCCUUUGUUCUGAAGCUGUUAAAGAAAGAUUGACACAAGGUCCAAAAGUGGCCAUUCAAGAAGCUGUUUGCUCUCACAGGGAUUUUUGUCAAAAGUUCAACAACACCACUAGACUCAAUCCUAAACUCUCAUUAACGCGUGCAAUGAAGGAUAUAGCAAAACGAAGUUGUGAGAAUAGAAGCUUCAAGAAUUUGCCCACGUCAAGACUUCCUCGAAGCAGUAGCUGCGUUCCAAGGAUUGAUCUCAACCGUUAA